AUGGGAAAAUCACGUGCAGAAUCACCAACACCAGAUCUGGUUGCACUUUCAAAUGCAGCGAAUGCAUUGGAAAGCAACCAUACAAAUAUAAACAGUGAUGACGGCAAUGAUGGCCACCAUGAGUCGUACGGGGUUGGCGAUACCGGCGAAGGGCUUAGCAGUCUGUCUGAUUCUACGAAAGGGGCGCCAGAAAGCACGGGGCAGCAUGUCACCCGAGGCAAAGAUACAGCUCUGUAUGAUGAUGUUCUGCGCGAAAUGACAAAGCUUUCCCUGCGCGAUGAUACAUGCGAUCAGGAAAACCCGAUAUGCGUAACAGAAUCUCAUCAAAGUAAAAGUGAUAGGCUCUUAAGAAAGCUCAGGUCUGUCGAUGACGUGCAAUACGGCAAGAUCGUGGAGCCGCUGCCCGUGGCUGGAGAACCCGGGUUUGACCUGUGGGAUUUGAAAUCUAGAGCCAAGUCCUACGAACAAAAAAGAACCCACGUUGAAAGCCUUUUUAAGAAUGACUCCCCCGAACGUUGGCUCAAUUUAGAAAAGCUCGGUAAUGCGGACGACACCUUGUCUCUAUUGCGUCGUGGAAGCCCCUGCGAAGUGCUGGCCGACAGGUUUGGCAUAGAAAUGACUCGAAAGCACUUGCGCUGUCUAGAUGGGCCCCGCUGGUUGAAUGAUGAGGUCAUCAAUUUCUACAUCGGUCUCAUCCAGGAAAGGAAUGACCGCUUAACAGGCGAUGGCGUUGCCGGUAUUCCACGGUGUCUCUGUUUUAACACAUUCUUCUUCAACCUUUUGUGCGGCGGCGAUGACCCUACUACCACUUACAACUACAGCGCAGUAUCACGUUGGACAACGAGGCGCAAAGUGGAUGUAUUCGCCAUUGAUCUUUUGCUGAUACCCAUCCACGUUCACAAUUCGCACUGGUGCCUUGGUGUGGUGGACAUGCGCCCACGAUCCCGGAGGAUCAUGGUAUUCGACUCAUUGAGUGGUCAUCACAGAUUAUUUUUUAGAAACAUGAGUAGGUGGUUGCAAGACGAACACCUUAACAAGAAGAAGGUACCGAUUGAGGACAUCGAUGAAUGGAAGCACAAUCACAUAUAUGCAGCAGAAGGUGGGGCUCCACGGCAGAACAAUGGGCACGAUUGUGGCGUGUUUUUAUGUCUUUACGCUGAGUGUAUCUCUGUGGGAAAGCCAUUUGAUUUCUCCCAAAACGAUAUUCGGGACCGUCGUGUCAUGAUGAUACAACAAAUUUUGAGGGGUUCAAUAUAUGAAUGA